CUUUGCAAAGUCAUUCAAUGGUUUGUAUUUAUCAAAUAGUACUGCGUGGAUUGUAUUAUUCGUAAUUUGGUAUAUAAAUUCUUGUAACUGGCACAUGGAAACAUGUCAACAAGCUAGUUUGUGUGUGUUUGUGCAAGAGAGGGUGAUUACACAGUUGACUUUCAGUUUGAAGUUGAAUCAUGCAAUUGAAUGGAUGGGCUUAGUAUUUUUUUUUUUUUUUUCUGUCAAACUUCUAUUUAAUGUGAAAGGGGUGUCAAAAUAACAUAAAGAGUCAAUUUUUGAGAAGAAAUUUGCUGCCAACUGCUGUAAUGUUGUCAGAUAUUGUUCCCAGUGAUGGAAGGAAGAAGCAAAUUUUCUUACAAACCCCUUGUGUAAUUUGAAGAUUACACUGCAUAUAUUGGUUGUGCUGAUGUAUCAUAAGAUGAGCAACAUGGCUUGCAAUGGUGUUCUAUCUCUUAAACUGUGUUUCAACCCCUUAACUCAGCAGGCUGUGAUGGCUUGUCGAUUUGUUGUGUUAUGCUUCAGUAUUUUGCUAUGGUAUCCAGUAUUUUUGUCAACUAAAAAUUGCUGUAGAUUUGACAAGGAGCAUCGAUAUUCUUUGUGCCAUUUGGUAAACCAAAUGCUGAAAAAAAAUUCAACUAAUUAUUUGUUACUGAUAUGCUGCCUAACUUUUACAUGUCAAGAAUUCCAGAAUAAAAAAAUGGAUGACUCCUUUUUCACAUUGCUCAAUUAUGUUUAGGUUCAAUGAAUUUGGCGAGGAUGGUGGGCCUGCUGUAAAGGAGUUGAUACCCAAGCUUGCUAUUGUCAAUAAACACCUUUCCUCCAAAUUGGGGGUAGUGAUACCUGAUAUUGAUCCUAGGAAUCUGGUUGCUGGCAUGAUUGUCCUUAAGGGUCUCGGAGGCUUCCUCUUUGUAUUUGGCACACCGUUUGGUGCUUAUCUACUGCUUCUGCACUUGGCCGUUAGCUCUCCACUUCUGUACGACUUCUAUAAUUAUGGUCGGGAUCAGUCUGAAUACUUCAUUCUCUUAAAUGAAUUCUUGCAGAGUGUUGCACUUUUUGGGGCAUUGCUCUUCUUCAUAGGAAUGAAAAACUUGAUUCCAAAGAGACAAAUCAAGAAGAAAGCCCCAAAGGCAAAAGUGGGCUAAUUGUGUCAAAAGAUGCCAUAUAAAAAAAUGGAUGAUUCUUGCAGCUGCAAUUUUACUGGGUGUCAGAUUAGCUGCACAUAUCAUUUUAAUGGAUUCUUUUUGAGCUCUAAAUGCGAUAACCCAAAAUUUGCAGUCUUUCUUUUUUGGGGUUUUUAGAUUUGUUGUCCUUAUUUAAGGGUUAGAUUAUCAUUUCACAGCCUGAAUAGGUUUGGUAGUCAGUAUACGUUUGAUUUUGUCUUCAAUAGAAUUUCUGAUUGGGCAAGAAUUUUAUGAUUUAGAUGCAUUUGUGGAUCUUCUGGUUCGAUUCAUUGCUAUUAUGUAGCGGAUUUAUAAUCCUUUUGGCUGUCAA